AUGAAGAUACUGAGGAACAAACAGACCUGAUGGCACUGAAAGAGGAGAGUCAAGAACUGAAUGAAAUGGAAGAGAAAGAUCAGGUUGACAAAUGUAAUGAUUUCAUGAUUAAAGAAAAAUCUUUUUGUUACUCAUCAACUCAUAAAACAGAAACUAAAAACCUUCAAGUUCAGAUGAGAGUUCACACUGGAGAGAAGCCUUUCACCUGUCAACACUGUGGAAAGAGUCUCAGAAGAAAACAAAGCCUUAAAUUCCACUUGAAAAUCCACACAGGAGAGAAUCUGUUUACAUGCCGUCAGUGUGGAAGGAGUUUUACACAGAAAAAAAACCUUGAUACCCACAUGAGAAUUCACACUGGAGAGAAGCCUUACUCCUGCAAACUGUGUUGGAAGAGCUUCUCACGAAAAGGAAAUCUGAAAACUCACAUGAGAGUUCACACUGGAGAGAAGCCGUUUGUGUGUGAUCAGUGUGGGAAGAGUUUUAAACAGAAAAGAGAACUUGAUGUCCACAUGACAAUUCACACUGCAGCGAAACCGUUUGUUUGUGAUCAGUGUGAAAAGAGUUUCAAAUAUAAAACACACCUUAAUAACCACAUGAAGAUUCACUCGGGAGAGAACUGUUUUAUAUGUCAUCAGUGUGAAAAGAGUUUCUCACACAGAUCAAACUUUGAGAAUCACUUAAGAAUUCACACUGGAGAGAAGCCGUUCACCUGCCCUCAGUGUGGAAAGAGCUUCACAAUUAAAGGAAACCUUAAGAUUCACAUGAGAGUUCACACUGGAGAGAAACAUUACAAGUGUCUUCAGUGUGAGAAGAGUUUCACAUAUCACACAGAACUGAAACGGCAUAUGAGAGUUCACACUGGAGAGAAGCCUUUCACCUGUCAACACUGUGGAAAGAGUCUCAGAAGAAAACAAAGCCUUAAAUUCCACUUGAAAAUCCACACAGGAGAGAAUCUGUUUACAUGCCGUCAGUGUGGAAGGAGUUUUACACAGAAAAAAAACCUUGAUACCCACAUGAGAAUUCACACUGGAGAGAAGCCUUACUCCUGCAAACUGUGUUGGAAGAGCUUCUCACGAAAAGGAAAUCUGAAAACUCACAUGAGAGUUCACACUGGAGAGAAGCCGUUUGUGUGUGAUCAGUGUGGGAAGAGUUUUAAACAGAAAAGAGAACUUGAUGUCCACAUGACAAUUCACACUGCAGCGAAACCGUUUGUUUGUGAUCAGUGUGAAAAGAGUUUCAAAUAUAAAACACACCUUAAUAACCACAUGAAGAUUCACUCGGGAGAGAACUGUUUUAUAUGUCAUCAGUGUGAAAAGAGUUUCUCACACAGAUCAAACUUUGAGAAUCACUUAAGAAUUCACACUGGAGAGAAGCCGUUCACCUGCCCUCAGUGUGGAAAGAGCUUCACAAUUAAAGGAAACCUUAAGAUUCACAUGAGAGUUCACACUGGAGAGAAACCUUACAAGUGUCUUCAGUGUGAGAAGAGUUUCACAUAUCACACAGAACUGAAACGGCAUUUGCAAACUCAUUCUGCAAAGAAACUGCCAUUGUCCUCAGUGUGAUGAGGUUUAGAAAAAGAAGCGAUUUCAACAAUCAUCUGUGCAUUCACUCUGGAGAAAGACUGUUUUGAUUGUGAUCAGUCUAAUGAAAACAUCACAC